GCCGCAGAGAUCAACGAUUGCCCAACUUGGGGAAGGGUUGGGGUGCAAGGCUGGUGGCGAGUAGGAUUCCACAGGAAAGUCGGGGGUGAAAAAUCAGGUUUGGAGACUGCAGGUGAACUGAUACUGUCUCAGUGCUGGAAAAACACAAAACCCGGUUCCACGCGGUGCUUUAGUGGCUAAAAGUGAAAGAGCUGCCUUGGCAGAAUUCAGCUCUAUGAAUCACUUCGGAAAAUUGGUUCGACUGAAUGGCCUUAGGAGGAAAAACGUUUUAAUAGGAUCCAGGGGAGGUUCUGCUGUUUCAAUCUGCUCCUUAAACAGGUGGAGAUUGGACCUUCUCAAUUAUACAAACAGGAGCGCGGGCGCCAGUUGCCUCCUUUAAAGUUUGAGGGGCGGUGGCGGCGGCCGGCGGGCGCGGGGGAACGCGGGGUCCUCAACGGGAGUCGCGCCGCCGCCCAUGUCAUUCCACUUCAAGUGACUUCAUGUGAUGUCAGCUGAAUGUAAAAGACAGUGAUCUCACGCGGAGGGGAAGAUGUUUGCCAUCAAAAUGUGACAGAAGAGACGCGCUGCAUGGCUCCGAACGCAUCUCCUUGGCGGUGGGGGAAAGAGACUUAGAGGAGAGAGAGGCUGUGCCCCGGCCCAGCCUGGCUCAGCUUGGCGCGCCAUGGCCAGCUCAGCUUCCCUGGAGACCAUGGUGCCCCCGGCCUGCCCGCGCGCUGGAGCGUCACCGGCCACUUCCAAAACCCUGGCCUUCUCCAUCGAGCGCAUCAUGGCGAAGACGUCCGAGCCCCGAGCGCCCUUCGAGCCCCGGCCCGCCGCGCUGGAGGCGGACAGCGGCCAGAGCAAGAAGCUGCUCAACCUCUGCUCGCCGCUGCCCUGCAUGAUCCCCCUCCAGCCCCUGGGCUACGAGGUGCCGUCCAAGACACUGCUCAGCUACUCGGAGUUCUGGAAAAGCAGCCUCCGGGCGGGCGGAGGAGGAGGAGGCGGCGGCGGGGGGGGCCCAGUGUGCGGCGCCAGCGGCUUGUGCAAAACCAACUGUGGCGUGUGCUGCAAGGCCGAGCUGGGCCUGGCGCCCUCGGCGCUGCCGGCCGGCCGGGUCAUCAAGCCGCAGGUCAUCAACCAGGCGGUGGGGCUGCCGGCCGGCGGCUCGCUCUACUACUUCAACUACCUGGACUCCAGCGCCUACCCUCCGUCGGAGCUCCUCGGAGGCCACCUCUUCCCAUCCGGCCUCCUCAACGCCCAGGCCCCCACCUCCCUGGCCGCUCACCCCAAGCUUUUCCUGCUGGACAACGCCAAACUGGCCAGCCUGACUGCGGACAAGUUCCCCCACCCGGCUCCCUACCCCCACAAGGAGCGCCUGCCCGCGCCUCUGGAGCAGGUGCUGAAGGAGAACUCGGCUCUGACCGCUGACCGAGGGGGAAUCAAGAGCCACAGCAAACUGCCGGGGGGCUCUGCCGACAGCAAACCCAAAAACUUCACCUGCGAGGUGUGCGGCAAGGUGUUCAAUGCUCACUAUAACCUCACCCGCCACAUGCCCGUCCACACGGGAGCUAGACCGUUUGUGUGCAAAGUCUGUGGCAAAGGCUUCCGCCAGGCCAGCACUCUCUGCAGGCACAAAAUUAUCCACACCCAGGAGAAGCCCCACAAGUGUAACCAGUGCGGCAAAGCCUUCAACCGCAGCUCCACGCUCAACACGCACAUCCGCAUCCACGCGGGCUACAAGCCCUUCGUCUGCGAAUUCUGCGGCAAGGGCUUUCACCAAAAAGGGAACUACAAGAACCACAAGCUCACCCACAGCGGCGAGAAGCAGUACAAAUGCACCAUCUGCAACAAGGCCUUCCACCAGGUCUACAACCUGACCUUCCACAUGCACACCCACAACGACAAGAAGCCUUUCACCUGCGCCACGUGCGGCAAGGGCUUUUGCAGAAACUUUGACUUAAAGAAACAUGUGCGCAAACUUCACGACAGCGUGGGUCCCCCCGCCACGCCCUCUGCGAAGGACCUAGCCAGGACAGUUCAGAGUUGAGAGCUGCUGCCUUGUCUUUUCCUUCCUGCCCCGUGCCAACCCAAGCAGAUCUCACGUAUAAACUUAUUUCUAAAAUUAAAAGGAAACAAACAAACAAACAAAAAAACUAUAGCAGAGAGGCUAAAAAUCUAUUUAUCGAAACCAGCAUAUUUUUGGGGAAAGUUAAACGUGUCCUCGAGGACCGGCACCAAACGCGUGGCUCACACGUUUGUACAUUCAGGAACCGUAUUUAAAUCCAGUGCGCUGAAACCUAUUUAAUUCCAGGCCUCGGCUUCUCCUCGGGCAGCCGGCUUCUACUCCCAGCCUGUCACCGUGAGCGCCCAGAAGAGCGUCAUGACCCCAGCCAUCUUCACACAACCUUGUAAUCUCUCCUGUACAAGCGAACACGGAAUAUUACACAUAUAUGACUCAAUAAACAGAACGUUAGUGCGC